AUGAAAUUGCAUAAAUGGCAUGAGCCGUGUUCUUGUAAGUUGGAAGAUUGGAGACUUGACCAUCGUGGAAUUGAAAUCUUGUACUUACGUCCAGAGGAUGCAUCGCGGUGUUGGUGGCAAACCCAGCGACGGCGCCGACGAUGGCGGUCUCCCACUGCCACUACGACGCUGACGACAUUUGAAUUGCACGGCAGAUUGAAAAGCUUGAUCUUCGGACUACAGCGGCAGCCGCCAGGUCUGAAACAACCACUGUUACCUUGUGCUGUGAUUUUUCUCUGCAGUCGCUCAUAUAACGCCGUCGUUUCAGGAUUUCAAAUCGAAACCACUAGGUCUUGUACCAGUAACGAACGACUACCGAGGGAAGAGAGAUGUGACGAGGAAGUUGGGUUAUCGAUUUCGACGGAGGAGUCUCUCUUGGAGGUCUGGUCGAGGGCAAGAGUUGAGGGAGGGAGAGAGAUGAGGAAAAUUAGGAAGAUUUGA